GGCAUGUUAGAUCCUCCUGAAAAAAACAACCAUGGAGACUCUACCAAUGGCACUGCCUCCUCCACCAUAACCACCACCCCAACCACUAUGCCGGCUGAUGACACCAUUCACACUGUGCUCAAGGUAGCGGUGGUCCAGAAGAGGCUGACCGACCCUUUCUUUGUGGUGACGACUUGCGUCAUGAUAUGCGGUAUGAUCCACAUCCAGAACCCCGAACAGACCUGCGUCAUGAUCCACCCCUGGACCUUCGUGGUGAAAUGAGAGGGGACCAACGACUUGACCCUCGUACAGACGUUCGGGGAGAGGUACAAGGAGGGGAGAGGUUGGGAUCAUCUCCACCUUUGCCUCCCAGCUCACUACCACAUUCAUGUCAGUUGUGUGGCAAACUCAUCUCAUGUCGCCGUAAUCUGUGGAAGCACAUGGAACGUGUCCACUUCAACAACCCCGCCGUCCGCUGCUCGCUCUGUGCUAAGAUGUUCAAAAACAAAUAUGCCCUUAAGGAUCACCAGCGCAUCUACCAUGGGGGUUUGAGUGAACCACCACCACCUCCCCCUCACUCUGCCUCCUUACUAUCACGCAUCCUCCAAGAUCCUCGGCACCAGCAACCUCCUCAGUCCCACGAUCCCCGAGGAACUCUAGAAAUGGCCCAGCCCACACUUCUGCCUCGAGAUUCCCACCUUCGCCACCACAUGGACUCUCCUCAUUCCCAGGCUAUUUCCCGUAGACACCACGAGGAUGAGGAUGUUGGGGGUGGAGCUGCUUACCCAGGUAUGGGUAUGGGCACUAUGAUACCACAGUCUCUGGCUCCGACCAUAGUAGGAAGCCCGUCCUCACUCAGUGGCCCACGUCCUGAGUGGCCUGCCCAGGACAACCCCUUGGCACUGGUUAAUAGAGCUCUGCUCUCAGAGUUGCAUCACUUAGUAACUAAGGCCGACUAAGCACUUAGUAGGUGGUCGUGCUGCUCGCUAGUCUGCCCCACACCAGUCACUCCGGUGGUACUCGGCCCCAUAACUCCCUCAUCCAUGAGGGUGCACCUCGCCCGGCCGUCCUGUGCCCUGCCUCUGGUGCUGGUUGGUGUGAAUCAAUGCCCUUACAACGACCACACCUGCACCGCCCACUGUGGGAAACCUGUUGGAUAUAUAUUAUCCAUGGUAUCCAGUGACAGCUGUUGUAGCCAGCCAAUAACAUCUUUAUAGUGUGCCGAAGUGGGCCUAGACGGCCACCGUAUCUCAUUCUUGAUAGCUUUAACCUCCUUCGGAGUCCCGCUGUUACCAAACGGGAGCCGUGUCCCUGUCUGGUGCCUGUUCGACACGGCAUGUAGUCGUUACCACAAUAGUCUCUCCAGUUGUGUGUUCAGCUCGCACCUGCAGCUACCCUGUAAGUAGGCAGCCUAGAAAUAUGGAUGCACAUGCUUCCCUAACUCACUGACUUAACAAGAGGUCCAUAAUGACAGUCCUGAGGUUAUGACGACAUCUGCUGGUGGAGAUGGAGGCAUUGAAAUCUGCUUCGGAUUUUUCAUUCCAGCAGUCUGUAAACCUGUGAUUGUAUCGUGAUAUGAGUGACUAAUUAAGGUGUAUGGAUAAAAAAAUUUAAUAUAUUGGGUUUAUUUAUGUCAAACAAAUACCCAAAAUAGCAUAUAUUGGCUGUGAUAGAAAUAAUAUGAAUAUUGUAUGGAUGUGAUGGAAAAAUCCUCUUAAUGAACUUAUUUGAAGAUUCUGAAUCAGUAAUCAAUGUGUCCUACACAUGACUGCCUGAGUCGCGCCUUGAACUCGGUGGUCCACGGAGGCAGCACAAAAGGUAUCCCCUGCUUGCGUCCAUUUACAACUGGCAUAAUGCACUCCUGCUGCCCUGGUAUUUCAUUUUAUCCAAAAAAAAAUGGCUAGUCACUAUAUGUGUCACGUAAAAGACAAAUGGCAACAGUGUCUUUUAGUGUGGCUUUGAAUAUAAUUUUUUGUCAGCCAACUCAUUAAAUUAAUAUUGCUUUUUACUUCACUUGCAUUACAAUUUUUAUCAAUAUUUAAUCAACAGGGUAAAAGUAUUAAUAUCUCAGAUAUAUAUGAUAAUUUUGAAGUUCUCUGUCGUUGCUCUUGCUCUCCUCAAAUGGUCAGGCAUAUGUUUGCUUAUGUGAUUCAAGCUGCAUGACAUAAAUACACCCAUAGCACUAACAUGUUAAUGCACCCAUUGUUAAAUAUACAUCAUUCCUUGUUCCUUGUUGUUCCAGUCAGUAUUUCUAAACAUGGCACAAACUGAUGUUCUAGCUGUCAUUUUGAACAUCCAUACAGUAAUUAUAAGCUUGCACUGAUGUUUUCUGGUUGCUCACAACACAUUGUAUACUAUCUAGGCUGGGCUGUGGUUCAUCACAUGGGACAACUUUGUCUUGCGCCAUAGCACAGGAGAGCAAUCUUUGAUGCACCACUAGUUUGGGCCUUUUGCUACUGUACAGAGAAUCGUGCCUUGUGCCACCAUAGAAAGCUCCACCGUCUGUCACUGUAGGUUAUGCCAAUAUUUAGAGAUCUGACUAAAGAGCUAAUGUAUAGAGAGCUGUGCCUUGUGCUGUUGUAUUGUAAAGAGUUUUGCACCUUUUGCCACUAUUUAGAGAAUGUGCCCUGACCAACAAGACACUAAAGCCUUGUGCCAGUUCCAUUUAUAUUCAUAAGGUACUGUUAUCAUGCUCAGCAUGAAGCUCCACAUCAUAUAGCUUGCUGCUAUAUAGUGGAGCUAGCCUUAAAAUCAUCAUGGAUAGGACAAGGUAUUUAAUAUUCAUCUAGUGUAGCAUGGAACAAAGUCGCCUGUUGUUAGUAUUGAUUACAAGUGUGUCAGAGAUGAUUCAGAUAUGGAGCCAUUAUGUAGAAAAGUGGAAUUGUGGUCCACUAUGCAGGGGAGCCAUUGUCACAGUGCAGCAUCCAUGGACCAGUGGGAGGCAGCCACCUUUAUACUCUCUACUUUCGUGAAGGCUGUGUCUCCGUUUCUGUGAUGUAUUGAAGUGUGCUGUUGUAACGGUUAUGCAGAGCUCUUUAUAUUUUUGAUACUGUAGAGUAUUUUGCGCAAGGUUCCUAGGUAUAAAUGAUAAUUUACAUAAAUUAGAAUCUAAGUGCAAUCAUACUAAAAUAUAACUUGAGGUUGGUCACUAAGGCACCAGAUAAUGCAAGUUGAGACAUGCAAAACAAUAACCAAGAGCUUGUCAUCAGCUACAUUGAUUCUUAUAUAAUUUAAAGCAUCUUUUGCAACAUUUUGUGUACAUAAUUUAUAUUGGUACUGGAGGAUUGCACUUAGAUUCUUAGUGAAGAUGCAAAUUGCCACGUCCAGAGCAAUAUGGUGGAGGAGGAUGGAUAUCUUGUUGCCCGAACUGGUUUAAAAGUUAGGGUUACAGUUGAAUACUUUUCAUAUACAGAAGAGGGAUAAUACCCAAAUUGCAGUUAUAGACUAAGGCAUGGAAAGUUUCCUUAAUGGCUGUGGAAUGGAUUAUUAUUAUAGUAGUGAAGAGGGAGUUGAAAUCAGUGAUAAUCUAUAUUUUACUAUUUAUGAUGGUCAAUUGGUGAUAUUCUCUAUUUUAAUAUUUAUGGUUUGUGAUAAAGUGAUUGAGCUUUAAUACUGUGUAUUUUUAAAUGAAAAUAAUUGGGAUAAUCAUCAGAUUGUGUCUUAGAAUAACUUGAGUUUGUUUAAAUGUAUAUAUUAAUGAUAAGUAUGAGCACACAUGUAAGAGAGAGGAGUUUGAAGAUUUCAGUAGGACCAGGUCUUUCAUAUAAGGUGUCUUGUGAGUUUUGUAAUACUGGAGGAUGCCUGGUGAGUGCAGAGAUGUCCUAACGAGACUUUCCUCCACCACCACCCUCCCGGGCGUGCUGUGUAGGCUGGGGGGCCUGGCUGGUACAGGAGACCCAAGGUUGUGUCUGCUCACUACUAGAGUCCAUGCCCACAAAUCCCAGGUCUCAACCUGUAUUUUAAACUUGUUUGUGCUGUAAAUAACAGGUCGGAAGGUGAGGUUGUAAUCCUGGAUUUUGUGUAUUGUCUUAAAUGGAUCUCAGCAACUUAUCAAGUCUCACUAGAUGCAUAUAUAAAAAAAAUAUGGCAUUUUGUCUAAUGUGUUUAAUAAGCUUUCUUUAUUAUGUAGACAUACAUGAAAAUCAGUAAAGAAACAAAUGUGUUUCAGAAAAUAUUUACAAUGUGGUACCAUUAAAAAGUGUAUUGUUAAACCAUAAGGUAUUAAAAAAUUCACCCAAAAUCCCUACAGUUGUAGUUAAAACAUGAUAAGUUGCUUAGGUGUAUUAAGAUUGUGUGUUUGUCUUGUGAGUAAGAGUCUCGGACCUAUCCAUACUAAUGCUUGUUAAAACAGUGCCUAGAUAUUUUAAUAAUUGAAACCAAUAUUAAUAGACACAGAAUUUAUUUUAUACAGUAGGUCUUCUAAAAUUGACUACAAUGCAGUAUUUUGCUUCUGUCUCCAAGAACAUAAUAUAUAUGUACAGUAGACAAUCAGAAAUUCAAUAUUCAGUUCUGAAUGAUCUUUUUUUUUUUUUAAAUUUGAUGCCAAAAUUAGAAUGUGGGAAAUAAUGACAUAUUUGUAUUGCUGGAGAUUCAUUCCCUAGGUUAAAAGUCACCCAAGUCAUAAUAAAAUCAGUCAAGAAAGAGUUCAGCCUUUUUAAGGCACAUCAUGGGUAAGUGUGACAAACUUUAGUCUUGAUUAUUAUAAGUGUGAAAACUGUGAGACCAUACUUGAAGUCACAACCAGUAGAGUUAAAUGUGUUGACACAGCAUGAAGGAGGUGUUUUGUCUACAUGCUUUUUUUUUUAGACCUUAUUUUUUAUGUUCCUACACAAAUUUUAAUAAUAAUUAAUCCCUGGACCUCAUAGUAAUAUUCAACAAUGCAUAGUUAACUGUAUACUAUACACUAAAUUGUACCAAAGUCAGAGUAAACAAAUUUGAGCGUUAAAAAAAGUCAGCAUGAGACUGCAUGAAAAAUCGGCAGUCUGCAUCUCUUUCAUCACAUUUUGUUUAUGUUCCCAUGCAAUUAUAACUCAUAAUAUUAAUCCCUAGAACUUCUAUUAUUAUUAUAAAAGGCCAUACUAAUUAUAAACUUGCCUCUUCUUCCUCAGUCACCAUCUCUUCCUCCCUUCCUUUUUCUUUCUCUCUCCCUUUCCUUCACUAACCACCUCUCUCUCACUAACCACCUCUUCCUCCCUCCCUCAUCACCUCUCUCUUUGUCCUCCCUCUUACCACCUCUAACUCUUUUCACCACUUUGCUCUCCCUCACCACCUCUCCCUCCCUCACCAGCAGUACCUGGUCUUGUACAGUUCAGUCUAACAGGUUAGAUCAGUAAUUCCUCUUGAAAUUUUUAUUCUACUUUCACAUUUGGAAUUGUCAUCAGAGAAGAUCUGUGAAGCUUUCUAUAUACAUAUAUUUAAAGACUUUAGAUGUUGUGCUCUUCCAGCAGAGCCUUCGAUUUUCACCUGUAAAGCAAUAAUCGCUUUGCCAAAUUAAUAACUCCAUAAAAAUCAGUCUGAACAACAGGAAACUGCUAUAGUAUAUUUUAUUUAUGUUAAAUACUGUAAUAUGAAUUAAAUUUAGGCUGACUUAAGAUACAUUUAGUAGGAUUAAGGUAAGUUAUGUUACAUGAAUUUUAGCAGGAUUUAGUGAGUUACUAAGUUAGUUGUGGUACAAAAUUAAAAAUUUUCAUGCUAUGGUAAUUCACAAAAAUGUCUUAUUGCAUAAUUUCUUUUUAAUGAUUAGUGUUUAGAGUAGUUUACUUUGUUUCACCAACAUUCUAAAAAGUUCAGCAUCGAUAUUUAUUGUGUAGUCAGAUGUCCUAAAAUAUUUGGUGUAAAUAGCAAUGUGAUACACUUGAAAAUGCAGUAAUAAAUGCUGUAUAUACCAAGGCUAUGCUAAAUCUGUAUACUGUGUAUAUAAUAUACAGUACUAUAUUUCAGUGUUUGGAUUCCAUGAAUCGCAAUAGGAAUAGCUACCUGUUUGUUUAACAUUUAUAAUACUAGUAACAGGCUCUCAGAUUACUUUUCCACCCAGUUUUGUAAUUUGUCUUCAUCUGUACACAUGCACACUUGUUCUCCUCUGCCAUCUGCCCCAGAUGCUGUUCAAAACACCACCAUCAUUCAGCCACUGGUCAGUGUUCAUUGUGGACAUCUUAUUAUUUGUCACAGUUCAGUUUGCUAUUUCAUUCUGGAGGAUGGUGGUCUGCAGGCCUCUUACUUGGCACAUCAGCAGUGUUUCACUCAGUGUACCAUGUUGUGUGUGCAUAAUUGCAUCUAGAAUGAGGACUUAAACUACCUAAAUCUUAAUAGCAUUGGUGAUAUUUUGGUGGCUCACACACUGCCUAAAUGUCUUUUACCCCAACUCGAAGACUUGUCAGUUGCAUUUUGGGUUCACAUUUGUUAUAUACCUGUUCAGUGAAAGCCAGGCAGUGCAUACAUUUUGGAUUUAUAAGUGUGCUCUGGAGGAACCCUUAUAUCACCUGGGAAGUUUCCAUACAGGACUCCUUUCCUUCCCAUCUAUUAAAAAUGCCUUUGAGACAAAUUUUCUUAAAAGUUCCAGAUCCCAUAAAGGGAUUCCUGACUGGUCUUUGGAUUUGGCACCUUUAGGGGAAUUCCUUAAUAUUGGUUAAGACUCUUGAUCUAGGAAAUUAGAGCUAGCCCCCUUUCCUUGGAUCAAAACCUGAUUGCAUCUCAUUUCCGUGGCAUUAUUGUUUUCCCAUGAUGCUACUAAUGAUAAUUUAUGUGGUGUUAGCAUAUAUUACUUCAUAUCUUCUUAGUAUGCCCUUGGAAUACCAUAUGUACUCCACACACAAGGCAGCAUUCCUUCUGGCUGUUGAUUUGGAUGUUUGGAUAGGCACCCUUCAGGGUGCCUAUCCAAACAUCUUGCCAGAUCUGUUGUUAUUCAUUUCCAUGGAACUGAAGAUUAUUUUCUGAUUGUGGGCCUGCCUACCAAUUAAGUACUCUACUCUGUCAUUACCUUGUAGGAUUACCUUGUACCCUCCAGUCUGGUGUCUACAUCAAUUCAGGUUUUGAAGUCAGCAUCAGCUCUCAGCUUGUCCACCACAGUAGAAUGUUUCAUUACAGUAUAUCUGCUUACACCAGCCAAAGUCUUCCUACUCCCAGAGUGAGGACCUGUGACACUGGCAUUUGUUUCUCUGGCUUUCAUUUUGGACAGCAUGAAGAUUGCACGUGCUUCGAACUUCUCCCAGCGCUGCAGCACUGUAACAUGAUCAAUCAGUUUUCAAACGUCGCCUACCUGUGUCAUCAAUAUGCUACACUGAGGUCAGUUCCACUUCUAAUUUUAUUACAUUACAUACUUUCUAUUAUGUUUAUAUUAGGGAACAGUGAUGGUUACUUCCCCUCCACCAUGUGCAGGGUAGGGUAUUCAACCUGGCUUGACCAAGAGAGAGCUAAUGGUCCAAUGUAUUAACCAUCCUAACUUUUUUAAUCAUAGUAGGUUAGGUUACUGAAAGCAGUGAAGAGCUUUUACGAGGAUAGUGAGGCUCAAGUUAGAGUAUGUAGUAAAGAGGGAGAUUAUUUCCUAGUAAAAGUAGGCCUUAGACAAGGAUGUGUGAUGUCACCGUGGUUGUUUAAUAUAUUUAUAGAUGGGGUUGUAAGAGAAGUAAAUGCGAGGGUUUUGGCAAGAGGCGUGGAUUUAAAAGAUAAAGAAUCACACACAAAGUGGGAGUUGUCACAGUUGCUCUUUGCUGAUGACACUGUGCUCUUGGGAGAUUCUGAAGAGAAGUUGCAGAGGUUGGUAGAUGAAUUUGGUAGGGUAUGUAAAAGAAGAAAAUUAAAAGUGAAUACAGGAAAGAGUAAGGUUAUGAGGAUGAUAAAAAGAUUAGGUGAUGAAAGAUUGGAUAUCAGACUGGAGGGAGAGAGUAUGGAGGAGGUGAAUGUAUUCAGAUAUUUGGGAGUGGAAGUGUCAGCGGAUGGGUCUAUGAAAGAUGAGGUGAAUCAUAGAAUUGAUAAGGGGAAAAGGGUGAGUGGUGCACUUAGGAGUCUGUGGAGACAAAGAACUUUGUCCUUGGAGGCAAAGAGGGGAAUAUAUGAGAGUAUAGUUUUACCAAUGCUCUAAAAUGGGUGUGAAGCAUGGGUGAUGAAUGUUGCAGUGAGGAGAAGGCUGGAGGCAGUGGAGAUGUCAUGUCUGAGGGCAAUGUGUGGUGUGAAUAUAAUGCAGAGAAUUCAUAGUUUGGAAGUUAGGAGGAGGUGCAGGAUUACCAAAACUGUUGUCCAGAGGGCUAAGGAAGGGUUGUUGAGGUGGUUCGGACAUGUAGAGAGAAUGGAGCGAAACAGAGUGGCUUCAAGAGUGUAUCAGCCUGUAGUGGAAGGAAGGCGGGGUAGGGGUCGGCCUAGGAAAGGUUGGAGGGAGGGGGUAAAGGAGGUUUUGUGUGCGAGGGGCUUGGACUUCCAGCGGGCAUGCGUGAGCGUGUUUGAUAGGAGUGAAUGGAGACAAUUGGUUUUUAAUAUUUGACGUGCUGUUGGAGUGUGAGCAAAGUAACAUUUAUGAAGGGAUUCAGGGAAACCGGCAGGCUGGACUUGAGUCCUGGAGAUGGGAAGUACAGUGCCUGCACUCUGAAGGAGGGGCAUUAAUGUUGCAGUUUAAAAACUGUAGUGUAAAGCACCCUUCUGGCAAGACAGUGAUGGAGUGAAUGAUGGUGAAAGUUUUUCUUUUUCGGGCCACCCUGCCUUGGUGGGAAUCGGCCAGUGUGUUAAUAAAAAAUAAAUAGGUAUGUUAUGACCCCAAGCAGUAUAAACAUAGAGUAAUAUACCCAGACAACUGUUGGGAGAUGUCAAAUCUAAACUAAGUGCUUUUUCUGAACUCUAGCAUUAGUAGUUCUCCUCAGAAUUUUGCAUUGCUGGUUCAUGCACUUUAUUAUUAAAGGUUGCUUUUGAUGUUACAUCCAUUCUUUAUGUAUGUACAGUGGUCAGGAUUUUUCUAGCUAACAGAGAUAAGCUUAAGUGACAUCCCUCACCCUAGGAUGCCCUUCAAAGGAGCUUCCUUGAUGCUAGUGAGGGGCUCCUGAGCUCAGGAAUAGGACCUGUAUUCCCCUUCCUUGGAUGAACCUGAAUGCUUCCCAUUCCUCCAGGCACAGUAUGACUCCUAUGGGUUUAGCACUCCCAGUUACUGUAAUAAUAAUUAACAUGAGUUGCAAGGCUUUGGCCAGGGCCUGUAUAAGAAUUUCUUGGCUCAUAACUACACACAUACAUAGUGUAUAGUAAUUUAGUUUUAUGAAUCACCAAUGUCAGAAGUUCAGCAUUUCCUGUCUAGGGUAUUUUCCUUGUGGUCCUCAGCUGCUGCCGCCAAGAAACAAGGUAGUGAUAAUAUGAUUCCUGACAUGGUCCAUGGAACCCAAAUACAGGAUAUAGCAUCUUGAAGAAUGAAAGCUGCUUUAUAUGGUAGAUUUCAUGAGCUCUUCCUUGCUAGGCUGUUCUGAAUGGUGAUGUAGUCCUAAGCAUUGUCUAAGACAAAGGCUAAAGAGAGUAACAGUGCACCUGUAUGAAAUUAAUGUAAACAAAGGACAAAACAGGGAAAAGUUAUCUUUGAGUAUUGUUACUGGAGUUAUAGGUUUAACAGAUGGCUUGCUAUUCCUGAAACAUAGAAUCUGAACACAAAGUAGUUUUUUACUCUUCAGAGCAUUAUAUACACUUCAUGUACUGUGUAUAUAUGUGAUGUGUUUUAGGUGGCUAGUCAGACAUUGCCAAACUACCUUAAAAAAUAUUUUUCUAAAAAUUUCCUCUUUUUGUAUUGUUAGAUAUGUUUCUUUGUGAAUUAACAUACAGCAUACUAUUUUUUUUAUUUAAUGCCAAAAAUAACCUGGUAAAAAUUUAUGUAAUAUAAUUUAAGCUAAACCUACUGAAUCUAUCUUAGGACAGCCUAAAUUUGGUUAGUAUUAUUUAACAUUCAUGAAAUAUGUAAAUUUCUUGAGGGUCAGACAGAUUUUUGCAGUGUUGUUCUGUAACAAUAAAGUUACACUGUUGUUUGGCAAAAUAGUUUAUGCUGUUUUAGCCAAGAUAGCAAAGUUCUGCCUAAAUAACAAUACACAUGUAUAGUACUGUAUAGUUUACAGCAUGUUUAUCUCACGCACAUUAUAAUAAUAAUUACUGAAAUUAGUGACUUUUUAGUUGAAGUAGUUGAAUAUCUGUGGAAAUAAAUGGUAUAAAAUACCAAAACAAUGGAAAAAUAAACACAUAAGCAGUAUAAUGUGAUCCUUUAUUGACAACGUUUUGCCCACACAGUGGCCUUUAUCAAGUCACAAACAGAUCUACCUAGGUGAAAGGUAUAUAAGCAUUUAUAGGAUGGAGUCAGGUGGAGAAUUCUGGGUAGGUUCAAUAAGGACCUGCACGGGACUGGCGGGUGCGUAUGUAGUUAUGUGGGAUAACGAUGAAGAAGUUUCUUUUCAAGGGGUUCAGCUAUGUUAUAGAAGCCGUUGUUUUGGCUGAAGUUGUUGGAUACAUGUAUAAAUAAGUGAUGAUUCCAGGAUUCUGCGGUAUUGAGUGUUUUCUUAUCUGGUGAUAAGUCCUGUGCUUCUGUAGUUGAUUAAAUGGUUGUGUGAAUUUCGAUGUUGAACACAGGCAUUCUUUAAAUCAUCCAAUCUGCCUGUGUACUGGCAUCUGAAAUAUGUACAUGUUUGGAGGUCUCUGGAUGUUUUGCCCACGUGUAAUUUGUUGCAGUCAUUACGAGGGAUUAUGUAUACCUCUGCAGAGGAUUGAAGCUUGUCCUGUCUAUUACUGGUAAUGUCCUUGAUGGUGGUGGAUGUGGAGGUAGAUACUUGGAAUGAGGUAUUGGAAAAGUUGUUGGAAACGUGUUUGGCAAUGGAGUUGGUGGGGAGGACUAUGUAUCUCCUCUCGGCAGUGUCUUCUCUGGGUGUGUUAAAGAUUUUAUAUGCCUGGUGUCUGCAGUCUCUAAUGAAGUGACAAGAAUAGUGAAGUUUAGAAAAUACUUGCUCAAUUAGAGAGCAUUCUUGUUCAAGGAACUCAUUGCUGCAGAUUCAGAGUGCAAGCAGGAAAAAGCCUAUAAUUACACUACGUUUAGUUUUGGUGUCAUGGUGAGCAUAGAAGUGGAGAAGAUCGUGUUGGUUGGUAGGUUUUCGAUAGACUUUAAAACGAAGUUCUUGGUCAGCUUUGCAAAGAACAUCAUCAAGGAAAGGAAGAAUGUCAUCGACUUCUAGUGUGAAAUGGAUUGAGGGCUCAACCUGGUUGAGCUUGUGUUGGAGAGCUUGAAUGUUAAAGCAUCUGGGAGUUAUGAUGAGAAUGUCGUCAACAUAACGGAGCCAGGUGACUGAAGAGGGGUUAAUAAAUUAAAAUCCUUGGCUUCCAGAUGUUCCAUGUAUAGGUUUGCCAGUACAGUGCUAAGUGGCGAACCCAUGGGUAGUCCAAAAGUCUGCUGAAGGAGGCGAUUUUUGAAAGAGAAACACAUAAAGCCAACAAAUAGUUCAACAAAGUCGAUGAAAUCGCUAGCUCGAAAGGAAGGUCAAGUGAAUCAUCAAUUUUCCUGCGCAGGAGAUCGAAGGCUUGUGAAUCGAAGGCUUUGGUGAAUGGGAUGUUACGUCAAGGCUAGAAGAGUUUCUUGUUCCUGAUGUUGAUGUUGCAAAUGCAAUUGACAAGAUCACCUGAGUGUUUGAGAUGUGCUGCACUGAUUGUGCCCAGGAGUUUAGGGAGGUGUUUAACGAGAAAUCCCGAGAGUUGGUGGAGAGCACUGCCUAUUCCCAAGGAUAUGGGCCUCAAUGGGAUAACUAGCUUGUGGGUUUUUGGCAGGUCAUACAUUCUGCCAGGUCUGGGAUUGCUGGGAAUUGUGUGCAGAAGUUUCCUCCCUUGUACUGAGUCCCUCAGAAUGAGACGAGUCCAGUGAAGAAAUGUUUUGGUAGGGUUGUCUACUUGGUUUGGUGUGAGAGGUUUGUAGGUAUCUGGGUCAUUAAGUCAUUAAGGGUCCUUAAGUCUCUUUCAUUAGAGACUGCAGACACCAGGCAUGUAACAUCUUCAACACACCCAGAGAAGACACUGCCGAGAGGAGAUACAUAGUCCUCCCCACCAACUUCAUCACCAAACACGUUUCCAACAUCUUUCCCAAUACCUCAUUCCAAGUAUCUACCUCCACAUCCACCACCAUCAAAGACAUUACCAGUAAUAGACAGGAUAAGCUUUAAUCCUCUGCAGGGGUAUACAUAAUACCUUGUAAUGACUGCAACAAAUUAUACGUGGGCGAAACAUUCACAGACCUCCAAACACAUAUUUCAGAACACCAGUACACAGGCAGAUUGGACGAUUUAAGGAAUGCCUGUGUCCAACAUCGAAAUUCACACUACCAUUUAAUCAACUACAGAAGCACAGGACUUAUCACCAGAGAAGAAAACACUCAAUACCACAGAAUCCUGGAAUCAUCACUUAUCUAUAUGUGUAUCCAACAACUUCAGCCAAAACAACAGCUUCUAUAACAUAGCUGAACCCCUUGCCAAGAAACUUCUUCAUCGUUAUCCCACAUAACUACAUACGCACCCGCCAGUCCUGUGCAGGUCCUUAUUGAAUCUACACAGCAUUCUCCACCUGACUCCAUCCUAUAAAUACUAAUGUACCUUUCACCCAGGAAGAUCUGUUUGUGACUUGAUAAAGCCCACUGUGUCGGCAAAAUGUUUUCAAUACAGGAUCACAUUAUACUGCUUAUGUAGUUGAAUAUCUAGUUUAAUAACAGAAGUAAUUAAGGUGAGUAGUUACUUCAUCAGAUCCCACUGUAUGGGAUUUUUGACUCAACCUGGAAAAUUGCUUUCUAAUUUUUAUCAAAGAAUCCUUAUAAGCUUUAAAUUUACCAUUAUUUUUGAUGUUAAUAAUGUAAAUUUUAGUUUCAUUGUUUUAAGAAGCAUUAUCAAGAUUGGUUGUAAUAAGGGUGUAGAGUCACCAAACAUUGUAUGCCUUCUUCAUGGAAGUGUUAAGUGUUUUAUAAAAGUUUUUGUCUUCACCAUGGUUGCCCAUUUAUGGUUGCCAUUGGGGUAAGGCUGUGAACAAGCUUGAGAAAAUUUUUAAUUUAAUUUUUUGAAAAAAUUCAAGCCUUCCUCUCGAGGCUUACAGUACUCACAACCCACAAGUAGUAUUUUGAAAACUUGGUGAAUUAUAGUGAUAAUUUAAUCCUGUGAGGAAGCACAUAGUGAUUACAUGGAAGACUCUAUCCUUCCAAAGGCUGAUGUGAUAUGAUGUUGCAGCAUUUCAUUAUUUCGUAAUGUAUGUGUGUAAAAGCACAUGCAGGUUGUUCUGCGGAUAUGUUAUUAAAUGCAUACAUACAUGUUGCCGUAGAGUGGAGAGACUGUUAAGAGUGUGUAGUCAAUGGGUAACUAAUGAAGUGUAGUUCUUUGGAGAAGUUACUGUUUUUAUUAUUUCUGAAGAGGCAUGUUAAUGGCACGUGUGCACAUUCUUUUCAGUUGGUGUGAAUGUAGUAAUAUAACAGAUGAUUGAUGUGUGAUGAGUUUUGCCCCUCAAAAGGUGAUGUGUGACUAAUGUGCCCUCCAUGUUCCUCUGGAGGCGUAUAUGCAUCUGUAAUGCCACUGAUAUUCAAAAGGAGGUUAUGUGCUCUUAAUAGAGAACAUGAUGUCCUGUGAAAGUGUAUAGACAAAUGUCUGUUUUGGUAUAUGCGUCCAGUGUGAUUGUGGCCAUCAGUUGUUAUUGGGGUGUGUGAAAUUUUGGUCCCGGUGAUGGAUGGUGAGUGUAAGCCAAGCAGGAGCCACUUUUGAUCACCACAGGAGAUUGCUUUGCACUGUUCUGCCGUGGAUCAUUCUCGCACCCCAGACCAGCCGUUACCACACCCCAGUCUAGCCACAGUGCCCAACCUGCCCGCCCACAGUCUUCAUGGUCUCUUACUUUAAUGUUAUUUAUAGUAUGUCUCACAUUUAGGCAAAAUUGUCAUUACACAUCUCGGGUAAUUUAACUAAUACAGUCUGGGGUGGUAAUGCAUAGUGUGAGAUGUACUUAUGUUCUCCAGCUGGUGCCUGCUGCCGUUCACUGCCAGCCCACCAGGUGCCAGCAGGUGUUUUUGAUAAUAGAGCUGUUACUAAAGACUUUAAAUGUGAUUUAAUUUGCAAUGUGUCAAAUGCACGAUGUUGUUACAUGUAGUCCAGAUGUUUUCUUGAGGGUGUGGAGCGGUGGUAUGGAGCGCCAUUGAUCUAUAAUCAUUAUAGUCUUAUAGGCUCAGACUACAUACACCUCAAUGUGCACUACUGCCAAAGAUAGUGAAGCAUUGUAGUGAUUUGUAAUACUCUAUUAUAAGCUUUUUUUUUUCGUCCAUGUGUGAUGGGUGUGCGAGGUGCUUCUGCUGAUCUUUGAGAUUGUUAUGCACGUCCAUAGUGCAGUAUGUGUUACAGCAAGUAGUAGCAGGCAGUAACCUAGUUGAUCAGCCCAUGUGCAGCCAAGACCAUGUUGUUAUUAUUUGUACCAAAACAUACAUAACUGCAGAAGCAUCUACGUAGACUAUCAUAAACAGCUCUUGUUGUGUAGCUGGAUGAUAUUUGUUUGAGUAUGUCUGUUGUAUGUAUGUGCACUUGAUGCACUUACUGCUCUCUUGUGUAUUUGUGUUCCUGUUUGUUCCAUGUUUGUUUUUGUUCCUGUUUGUUCCAUGUUUGUACUAACCUCCGGGAUACUCGUGCUGAAUGCCAGUAUCAUGUUGCCGCAGCUUUAAAUUACUUUAUUAAUGUUGAUAUUUACAUUCUUGUUUGUAGUGAGAUAGUCAUGAAGAUGUAGGUUAUACACGAAUUAAUUGUUAUUAUUUAGCUUAAUAUAUUAGUAAAUUACAAUGCCAAAGUAGGUAAGUAAGCUUCUCAGAGAUCUGCUGGCGUCAUGGAGUGGAACGAAAGAUAGAAAGAGUCCCAUGUUAGCCUCAGAAGUGACCUGAUGACGUCAGACAUUACCUAUUAACAUGAAAAUAAAAUUGACACUGUCAUAAAUAUAACCCUUUAAAGUGUGUGUGUGUGUGUGUGUGUGUGUGUGUGUGUGUGUGUGUGUGUGUGUGUGUGUGUGGUGGUGUGUGUGUGUGU